UGGCCCUGAAAAGGCCCCUCCAGAGGUCGGGGACAAAGCAGGUGCAGAGUUGCUGCAGCCACGCUUUGCCCAGACUCCUGAAGGAUGCCCGCCCAGGGUUCACUGACCUCCAAGCUGGCCCUCCUGGUAUUGCUGGGCACAGUCAGAGCAGGCCCCUUCUCUCCGAGGUUCAAUGUGACUCGCCCAGCCCCUCGGCCUCCUCCCCAGCCAGGGGGCCGCGCAGCAGAGCCGGGAGAGGGAAGCCCCUCUUCUCAACUUUACGAGCACACCGUGGAAGGGGGGGAGAAGCAGGUGGUGUUCACCCACCGCAUUAACCUGCCCUCUUCAGCUGGCUGUGGCUGUCCCCCUGGCACUGAGCCCCCUGUGCCUGCUUCAGAGGUGCAGGCCCUGAGGGUCCGGCUGGAGAUCCUGGAGGAGCUGGUGAAAGGGCUCAAGGAACAGUGCAAUGGGGGGUGUUGUCCUGCUGCUGCCCAGGCUGGCACAGGUGAGCAGGUGGUCCCAGGCCAGACAGACGUCCGCAGCCUCUGCAGUCUGCACGGCAAGUUUGACCUCAGCCGCUGCGCCUGCUCCUGCGAGCCAGGCUGGGGUGGCCCCACCUGCUCAGAUCCCACGGACGCGGAGUCGCUCCCCUCCUCCCCGCCCUCCGGUUCCUGUCCGGACGACUGCAACGAUCAGGGUCGCUGCGUGGAUGGUCGCUGCGUGUGCUUCCCUGGCUACGCGGGCCCCAGCUGUGGCUGGCCCUCCUGCCCCGCGGACUGUCACGGCCGCGGGCGCUGCGUGCAGGGCGUGUGCGUGUGCCGGGCGGGCUUCUCAGGUGACGACUGCAGCGUGCGCGCCUGCCCUCGGGGCUGCAGGCAGAGGGGCCGCUGCGAGAACGGGCGUUGCGUGUGCAACCCCGGCUACUCCGGCGAGGACUGCGGCGUGAGGAGCUGCCCCCGGGGCUGCAGCCAGAAGGGCCGCUGCGAGGACGGCCGCUGCGUGUGCGACCCCGGCUACACGGGCGAGGACUGCGGCUCGCGGAGCUGCCGGUGGGACUGUGGCGAUGGUGGGCGCUGCGUGGACGGCCGCUGCGUGUGCUGGCCGGGGUACGCCGGCGAGGACUGCAGCACGUGCGACGCGGGCUACGCGGGCGACGACUGCGGCGUGCGCAGCUGCCCUAGAGGCUGCCUGGGCCGCGGCCGGUGUCUGGACGGGCGCUGCGCGUGCGAUGACGGCUACGAGGGCGAAGACUGCGGCGUGAGGCGGUGCCCGCGGGACUGCCACCAGCGCGGCGUGUGCCAGGACGGCGUGUGCGCCUGUUGGGAGGGCUAUGGCGGAGCGGACUGCGGCCUCCGGACUUGCCCCGCCAACUGCCACGGGCGUGGCCGCUGUGAGGACGGGCGCUGCGUUUGCGACCCCGGCUACACCGGCCCGGCCUGCGCCACCCGCACCUGCCCUUCGGACUGCCGGGGCCGCGGGCGCUGUGUGCAGGGCGUGUGCCUGUGCUACGUGGGUUACAGCGGCGAGGACUGUGGGCAGGAAGAGCCGCCCGCCAGCGCCUGCCUGGGCGGCUGUGGGCCCCGCGAGCUCUGCCGAGACGGCCAGUGUGUAUGCGUGGAGGGCUUCCGAGGCCCCGACUGCGCCAUCCAGACCUGCCCCGGGGACUGCUACGGCCACGGAGAGUGUCGUGAGGGCAGCUGCGUUUGCCAAGAAGGCUAUGCCGGGGAGGACUGCCGGGAACAGAUCCCAGCCAUCGAAGGCAUGAGGAUGCACCUCCUGGAGGAGACGACUGUUCGCACAGAGUGGACCCGGGCUCCUGGCCCUGUGGAUGCCUAUGAAAUUCAGUUCAUCCCCACGACAGAGGGGGUGAGCCCCCCGUUCACAACACGGGUGCCCAGCUCAGCCUCAGCCUAUGACCAGAGAGGACUGGCUCCUGGUCAGGAGUACCAGGUCACCGUCCGUGCCCUCCGAGGGACCAGCUGGGGCCCUCCUGCUUCCAAGACCAUCACUACCAUGAUUGAUGGGCCCCAGGACCUCCGCGUCGUGGCUGUGACACCGACCACGCUGGACCUCAGCUGGCUGCGUCCCCAGGCCGAAGUAGACAGAUUCGUGGUGUCCUAUGUCAGUGCUGGCAACCAGAGGGUGCGGCUGGAAGUGCCCCCUGAGGAGGACAGGACACUGCUGACUGACCUGAUGCCAGGCGUGGAAUACGUGGUGACCGUCACUGCGGAGCGGGGCCCGGCAGUAAGCUACCCGAGUUCCAUCAGGGCCAACACAGGGUCUUCCCCCUUGGGCCUCUUGGGGGCCACUGAUGAACCUCCUCCUUCUGGCCCUUCAACAACUCAAGGGGUCAAGGCACCCGGCGUGCAGCAGCGCCCCCAGGAGCUGGGAGAGUUGAGGGUGCUGGGCAGAGACAAGACAGGGCACCUCCUUGUGGUCUGGACCGCCCAGCCUAACACCUUUGCCCACUUCCGGCUGAGCCUGCAAGUGCCCGAGGGGCAGGAGGUGCACGAGGAGCUGCUACCAGGGGAUGUCCGCCAGGCUCUGGUGCCCUCACCCCCUCCUGGAGCUUCCUAUGAGCUGACACUUCGUGGGGUCCCCCCCACGGGCGAGCCCUCUGCACCCCUCUUCUACCAAGGCAUUAUGGACAAGGAUGAGGAGAAGCCUGAGAAGCCCCGGACCCCACCACGCCUGGGAGAGCUGACCGUGACCAAUGUGACCUCCAACUCCUUGCUCCUACACUGGACAGUCCCUGAAGGCGAAUUCGACUCUUUCGUAAUCCAGUACAAGGACAGGGUUGGGGCCCAGGUGGUUCCCGUGGAGGGAUCCAUGCGCUCAGCCCUCAUCACCAACCUGGAGCUUGGUCGCAAGUACAAAUUUAUCCUGUAUGGGCUCACAGGCAAGAAGAAGCAUGGCCCCCGGGUGGCUGAAGCCAAGAUCGUGCCUCUGAAUGAGACCAGCUCAGUGGCUGUGCCCCGCCUAGGGAAGCUGUGGGUGACAGAUCCCACCCCAGACUCGCUACGCCUCUCCUGGACUGUUCUCGAGGGCCAGUUCGACUCCUUCGUGGUGCAAUACAGGGAUAAGGAUGGACGGCCUCACGUUGAGCCUGUGGAAGGGCCUGAGCGCUCAGUCAUUAUCUCCCCGCUGGACCCUGACCACAAGUACAGAUUCACUCUGUUCGGGAUUGCCAACAAGAAGCGGCAUGGCCCUCUCACAGCUGAUGGCACCACUGCAACCCGCAAACCUGUGGACAAGAUCCCUAGCCCCACAAAACCUAGCAUAGGUGCCUCAGAGCACCCCAGGGAGCCCCGCCUGGGGGAGCUGGCCAUCACAGAUGCCACCCCCAACUCCCUGCACCUCUCCUGGACGGUCCCCGAGGGCCAGUUUGACCACUUCCUGAUCCAGUACAAGAAUGGGGACGGCCAGCCCAAGGUGGUGCGGGUGCCAGGCCACGAGGACACGGUCACCAUCUCAGGCCUGGAGCCAGACCACAAGUACAAGAUGAACCUGUACGGCUUCCACGAGGGCAGGCGCGUGGGCCCCAUCUCCACCAUCGGGGUGACGGCGCCAGAUGGAAUCGAACCCACAGAAGCCAUCUCAGAGGAGCCUGUGAUGGGGGAGCUGACUGUGACAGGCACCUCCCCAGACUCGCUGAGCCUCUCCUGGAUCGUACCCCAGGGCCACUUUGACUCCUUCAGCGUCCAGUACAAGGGCGGGGACGGGCCGCAGGUGGUGCGUGUCGGCGGUGAGGAGAGAGAGGUCACGGUGCAGGGCUUGGAGCCGGGGCGCAAGUACAAGAUGCACCUGUAUGGCCUGUACAGGGGCCGGCGAGUGGGCCCCGUGUCCACCGUGGGCACAACCGCUCCCCUCCCCACACCCCCACCCACAGAGCCCCCUCUGAAGCCUCGCCUGGGGGAGCUGACAGUGACUGAUGUGACCCCGGACUCCGUGGACCUGUCCUGGACGGUCCCUGAGGGUGAAUUCGACUCCUUCGUGGUCCAGUACAAGGACAGGGCCGGUUCCCAGCCCCGGGGGCCCCAGAGCCCAGAAAUUCUGUGGGAGGAGACCCCCCCAGAGAUCUUAGCCAUGUUUCCUGUCUCCCCAGCUCCUCUCCCCACUGCCACACCCACUGAACCCCCUCUGGAGCCACGCCUGGGGGAGCUGACAGUGACAGAUAUGACCCCGGACUCCGUGGGCCUGUCCUGGACGGUCCUGGAGGGUGAAUUCGACUCCUUCGUGGUCCAGUACAAGGACAGGGCCGGGCAGCCCCAGGUGGUGCCUGUGGCCUGGGACCAGCGCGAGGUCACCAUCCCUAGCCUGGAGCCCGAUAAGAAAUACAAGUUCCUGCUGUUUGGGAUUCAUGAUGGAAAACGACGUGGCCCAGUUUCUGUGGAGGCAAAGACAGCUGCCAGAGAAGAUGCCAGACCAGGGGCCCCACCCCGCCUUGGGGAGUUGUGGGUGACAGACCCCACCCCAGACUCUCUGCGCCUCUUACGGAUGGUCCCGGAGGGCCACUUUGACUCCUUUGCGGUCCAGUUCAAAGAUAGGGACUGGCCCCGGGUGGUGCCUGUGGACGGCCAAGAGCGCUCAGUCAUCAUCACCCCUCUGGAAGCUGACCACAAGUACAGAUUCCUCCUCUACAGCCUCUGGGGCAAGAAGCGCCAUGGCCCCCUCAAGGCAGAGGGCGCCACCAAGAAGUGGACGGUGGACGGUGCUGGAACUAAGCCUCACCUGGGGGAGGAACUACAGGUGACCGGUGUGACAUCGGACUCUGUGCGCCUCCUGUGGACAGUCCCCGAGGGCCAGUUUGACUCUUUUGUGGUCCAGUACAAGGACAGGGAUGGGCAGCCCCAGGUGGUGCCCGUGGAGGGCAGCCGCAGAGAGGUCAGCAUCUCGGGCCUGGACCCCAACCACAGGUACCAGCUGCUCCUGUACGGGCUUUACCAGGACAAGCGUGUGGGUCCCAUCUCCGCCACCGCUGUGACUGCAGCCAGGGAUGAAACCAAAGGCAGCAUCUGGCCCCCAAGCCCUCCAGCGCCCGAGCCCCACCUAGGGGCGUUAACCGUGGAGGAGACCACACCACACACCGUGCGUCUCUCCUGGAUGGUGACUGAUGGAGAAGUGGAUUCCUUUGAGGUCCAGUACACAGACGAGGCUGGGCAACUGCAAAUAGUCCCUGUGGAGGGUGACCGGAACGACAUCACCCUCUCUGGCCUGGAAUCCAAACACAGAUACCUGGUGAACCUGUACGGUUUCCAUGGCCAGCGGCGUGUGGGCCCGGCCCAGGUUGAGUUCCUGACAGGGGAGAAGGACAAGCCUUCAGAGCCUCCCACCAUGACCCCCAGACCUCCCAUCAAGCCCCGCCUGGGGGAGUUGGCUGUCACAGAUGCCACUCCCAACUCCCUGCACCUCUCCUGGACGGUCCCCGAGGGCCAGUUUGACCACUUCCUGAUCCAGUACAAGAACGGCCUCUCCUGGACCAUCCCCCAGGGCCACUUUGACUCCUUCAGCGUCCAGUACAAGGGCAGGGACGGGCCGCAGGUGGUGCGUGUUGGCGGUGAGGAGAGAGAGGUCACGGUGCGGGGCCUGGAGCCGGGGCGCAAGUACAAGAUGCACCUGUAUGGCCUGCACGGGGGCCAGCGAACGGGUCCCAUGUCCACCGUGGGCACGACCGCCCGAGGAAUGGAGGAAGAAAUCACCCUGGCCCCAACAGACCCUCCCGCCACCACCCCCCAGUCUCCCGUCAAGCCCCGCCUGGGGGAGCUGGCUGUCACAGAUGCCACUCCCAACUCCCUGCACCUCUCGCCAGAUAGAAUCGAACCCACAGAAGCCAUCUCAGAGGAGCCCGUGCUGGGGGAGCUGACCGUGACAGGCGCCACCCCAGAUUCGCUGAGCCUCUCCUGGACCGUCCCCGAGGGCCACUUUGACUCCUUCAGCGUCCAGUACAAGGGCGGGGACGGGCCGCAGGUGGCGCAUGUCGGCGGCGAGGAGAGAGAGGUCACGGUGCGGGGCCUGGAGCCGGGGCGCAAGUACAAGGUGCACCUGUAUGGCCUGCACGGGGGCCAGCGAGUGGGCCCCGUGUCCACCGUGGGCACGACCGCGCCAGAUAGAAUCGAACCCACAGAAGCCAUCUCAGAGGAGCCUGUGCUGGGGGAGCUGACUGUGACAGGCUCCUCCCCAGACUCGCUGAGCCUCUCCUGGAUCGUCCCCCAGGGCCACUUUGACUCCUUCAGCGUCCAGUACAAGGGCAGGGACGGGCCGCAGGUGGUGCGUGUCAGCGGUGAGGAGAGAGAAGUCACAGUGCGGGGCCUGGAGCCGGGGCACAAGUACAAGAUGCACCUGUAUGGCUUGCACGGGGGCCAGCGAAUGGGCCCCAUGUCCACCGUGGGCACAACCGAUACCGUGACCACUCAAGCCCUACCUGCCACCACCCCCGAGUCUCCCGUCAAGCCCCGCCUGGGGGAGCUGGCUGUCACAGAUGCCACUCCCAACUCCCUGCACCUCUCCUGGACGGUCCCCGAGGGCCAACCUACAGAAGCCAUCUCAGAGGAGCCCGUGCUGGGGGAGCUGACCGUGACAGGCACCUCCCCAGACUCGCUGAGCCUCUCCUGGACCGUCCCCCAGGGCCAUUUUGACUCCUUCAGCGUCCAGUACAAGGGCAGGGACGGGCCGCAGGUGGUGCGUGUCAGCGGUGAGGAGAGAGAGGUCACGGUGCGGGGCCUGGAGCCGGGGCGCAAGUACAAGGUGCACCUGUAUGGCCUGCACGAGGGCCGGCGAGUGGGCCCCAUGUCCACCGUGGGAACGACUGAGCCUCCUGUGAUUCCCCGCCUGGGGGAGCUCGCUGUGGAAGCCGUGACCUCGGACUCAGCACACCUCUCGUGGACAGUGGCCCAGGGUUCCUUCGACUCCUUCCUGGUCCAAUACAAGGACGCGCAGGGCCAGCUCCAGGCAGUGCCCGUGGGUGGAGACCUCCGGGAAGUCACUGUCUCGGGUCUGGUUCCAGCCCGCAAGUACAAGUUCCUUCUCUUCGGACUCCAGGAUGAGAAAAGGCACGGCCCGGUGUCUGCGGAAGCAAAGACCUUCCCAGACAGUAAGCCUUCUCCCCGACUGGGGGAGCUGACAGUGACCGAUGUGACCCUGGACUCCGUGGGCCUGUCCUGGACGGUCCUGGAGGGUGAAUUCGACUCCUUCGUGGUCCAGUACAAGGACAGGGCCGGGCAGACCCAGGUGGUGCCUGUGGCCGCGGACCAGCGCGAGGUCACCAUCCCAGGCCUGGAGCCCAAUAAGAAAUACAAAUUUCUGCUCUACGGGCUGGCAGGCAAGAAGCGGCUGGGCCCUGCCUCUGCUGAGGGCAGCACGGCUUCCCUGAAGAAGGAGCUGGGGGUGCUGACUGUGACGGAUGAGACCCCACACUCUCUGCGCCUCUCGUGGACAGUGGUCCAGGGCCCCUUUGAUUCCUUCGUGGUCCAGUAUGAGGACUCAGAGGGGCAGCUCAAGACAGUGCCUGCGGCUUCAGACCAGCGGGAGGUCACCGUAGAGGGCCUGGCACCUGGCAGGACAUACAACUUCUUGCUCUACGGGCUCCUCCGAGGACAGCGCUUGGGCCCCGUCUCUGUCCUGGGAGUGACAGCUCCAGAAGAUACACCAGCCUCCCCCGACUCGGCCACAAAGACCCCCACAUCUCCUGCAGGGCCCCGUCUAGGGGUGCUGGCAGUGAAUGACGUGGCCCCGGACUCCCUGCGCCUCUCAUGGAGUGUGGCCCAGGGCCCUUUUGACUCCUUCGUGGUCCAGUAUUGGGACAAGGAUGGGCAGCCUCAGGCCUUGCUCGUGGGUGGCGACCAGGACAAGGUCCUCGUAUCAGGCCUGGAGCCCAGCACCUCCUACAAAUUCUUCCUCUAUGGACUUCAGGACGGGAAGCGCCUGGGCCCCAUCUCAGCAGAGGGCACCACAGGGCCAGCGCCUGCCGGGCUGACCCCAGGGGAGCUGGGGCCGCACCUGUCCCAGCUGUCCGUGAGUGACGUGACCACCAGCUCCAUGAGGCUCAGCUGGGAGGCCCCGCCUGGGGCCUUUGACUCCUUCCUGCUGCGUUUUGGGGUUCCAUUACCGAGCACUCUGGAGCCCUAUUCACACCCCUUGCUGCAGCGGGAGCUAAAGGUGCCAGGGACAGAGCACUCGGCCGUGCUCCGGGACCUGAGCCCAGGGACCCUCUACAGCCUGAUGCUGUAUGGACUGCGGGGGCCCCACAAGGCUGACAGCAUCCAGGGCACUGCCCGCACCCUCAGCCCAGUUCUGGAGAGCCCCCGUGACCUCAAUUUCAGUGAAGUUGGGGAGACCUCAGCCAAGGUCCACUGGACGCCCCCACUAUCUAGAGUGGACAGCUUCAAAGUUUCCUACCAGCUGGCAGACGGAGGGGAGCCACAGAGCAUGCAGGUGGACGGCGGGGCUCAGACCCAGAAACUUGAGAAGCUGGUGCCGGGCACUCGGUACGAGGUGACCGUGGUCUCUGUCCGUGGCUUUGAGGAGAGCGAGCCUCUCACAGGCUUCCUCACCACCGUGUCUGACGGCCCCACCAAUCUGCAUGCGCUGAACCUGACGAAUUCAUCCGUGGUGCUGCGCUGGAGUCCCCCCCACACCGCUGUGGAUGAAUAUGACGUGCGGGUCACAGCCCCAAAGGCCCCCUCUGUGCAGGGCUCAGCCCCCGGCAGCGCUGUGGACUACCCGAUCACUGGCCUCGAGCAAAAGACCAACUACACGGCCACGGUGAGGGGCCUUCGGGGCCCUAACUUCACCUCUCCGGCCAGCAUCACCUUCACCACAGGAUUAGAGCCCCCGGGGCACUUGGAGGCCAAGAAAGUGACUCCCCGCACUGCCCUGCUCACUUGGACUGAGCCCCAUGAUCCGCCAACUGGCUACCUGCUCAGCUUCAGCACCCCUGGAGAGCAGCCGCAGGAGAUCCUGCUCCCAGGAGGCGUCACCUCUCACGAGCUCCUGGGCCUCUUUCCCUCCACCCCCUACAACGCGUGGCUGCGGGCCAUGUGGGGCGAGAGCUUCACGCCGCCGGUGUCCACCUCCUUCACCACCGGUGGACUGCAGGUCCCCUUCCCUCGGGACUGCGGGGAGGAGAUGCAGAACGGGGCCGGCACCUCCAGGACCACCACUGUCUUCCUCAACGGCAACCGCGAGCGGCCCCUGAACGUGUUCUGUGACAUGGAGACCGACGGGGGCGGCUGGCUGGUGUUCCAGCGCCGCAUGGAUGGACAAACAGACUUCUGGAGGGACUGGGAGGACUACGCGCACGGCUUUGGGAACGUCUCCAGGGAGUUCUGGCUGGGCAACGAGGCCCUGCACAGCCUGACCAAAGCCGGAGACUACUCCUUGCGUGUAGACCUGCGGGCUGGGGAUGAGGCGGUGUUUGCCCAAUAUGACUCCUUCCGCGUUGAUUCGGCCGCUGAAUUCUACCGCCUCCACGUGGAGGGCUACCACGGCACUGCAGGGGACUCCAUGAGCUACCACAGCGGCAGUGUCUUUUCCGCCCGUGACCGAGACCCCAAUAACUUGCUCAUCUCCUGUGCUGUCUCCUACCGCGGGGCCUGGUGGUACAAGAACUGCCACUAUGCCAACCUCAACGGACUCUACGGGAGCACAGUGGACCAUCAGGGAGUGAGCUGGUACUACUGGAAAGGCUUUGAGUUCUCUGUGCCCUUCACGGAAAUGAAGUUGAGACCAAGAAACUACCAGCCCCCAGCCCAGGGAGGCUGAGCGCUGCUCACUGCUCCCGCGCACCCCUGUAUGAUUGCCAUGCACUGAGGGGUCGCGCCUGGAGAAGAGCCAGGGGCCGCCUUCCCCAGCCAGCCCUGGAGCCUUCUCCACGAUCUCACAGCACUAUGUUUACAGGGGGGAGGGAGGGGUCGUGUGGGAGCAAUAAAAGGAGAAACU